AUGUCUGUCUCAACCCGACAUAACCAGCGGGCUCGGAAGCGCACAAAGACGUUCACCGGUUGCUGGACCUGCAGAACGCGCAAAAUCAAAUGCGACGAAGCCAAACCGAGCUGCCGGCAGUGUCAUGAAAAGGGCCUGGUGUGCGAUGGCUACGGAGCCCGUCUCCAGUGGCUCACGCCCGGCACAGACAGGGAGAGUCUCCUACCCGAGGUCCCGCCGGCGGUCUCUGGGGCUCAGUCACUCCGGCGUCUCAUCCCGACUGAACCGCCCCAGUCGGUUUUGGCGUGGAGUGAGGUUGAUAGCAUUCUCCGCUACAUCGACUCCCUCGAGUCGGUCGUCACCGCCUCGCCGGGGGAGAAUGUGAACGCCCAUAUCCACAACUUUGGUGCGUUCAGUGUACGACAAAAGUACCCUUCCAAGUUUUCUCUAUCGGCGGCGCUUGACCCUAAGGGUACCAAGCCUCCAAAAGCCAAGCAGACCCGACAGGAGGCGGACGCGGCGUUCCCUUAUGAAGAUCCUACGACAGCCGACGUUACUCCCCCGUAUGACUCGGAAGCUGAAGCUGCCUGGGAUCUGCGUAACCUCCAUGGGCAUCCCUUCCCUUUGGGCUUUCUUACUGAGCAGCAUGACUUAGACGCGUCCGCCAUCUCGCCCCUUCUGACCACUCCGCACGUCGUAACCCAUUUACCCUGCUAUGAGGAAAGUAUCCAGGACGCGGAUUGCUACACACCAGAGGGGCCAGGAAUUACCCCUGAUCUCCUACCAGAAGAAGUACGGGUGGCUAUCCGGUCACCUCUUGCCAGAUCACAUGAGACAUUGGUCGUACCCACCCAUGAGCGUCUUCUCAUGGAACACUAUCGAAAUAGAGUGGUCAAUCUAUUCUGUGUGAUCGACAAUGCCAAGAGCCCCUGGAAGAACAUUCAUCUUCCCCGGGUCCUCCAAUGCGCUGGUGAGAUCAGCUUUGGAGGCUCCACAACAAGAAUCCACGCUCAGAAAUGGGGGACGAUUGCGUCCCGAUAUCGUUGCGAUGCGAUCGGGCUGCUCAAGAGUGCGAUAGAGAGCGACCUGCACGGGGAAGAAAGGCCCAAGUAUAAGGAGUUUCUCGCGACCACAUUGUCCAUGAUCACGAUUAAUGUCAUGUCCGGUGAUACAAGCACAUGCAGCGUUCAUCUAGACGGCGCCGAAAAACUCAUUACGUACAUGAGCGCUCGGAAGUCCAGAUUCUCGCGCAAAGCUCAAUCCCUCCAUCGCAUUUAUCUAUACUUACGAGUGAUAUAUGAGAGCACGGCAGUAAGACGGCUGAGCGGCGACAGCUCCCGCUUCUCGCCGUCCUUGGGAUCGCGAAGCACGGUAGGCCCGCAGCCGCCCAUAGGACGGGAGCACCUCCUGCUUGCCGACGAUGAGACCCCAUCAUCCAUGGCGCACAUGAACGCUGGAGAGCUAUUCUCGUAUGAGUGCAUCUACGGUAUACCGCAGAGCCUACUGCUGCUCCUCAAGGCCUCCAUCGAACUAAUCGACGAAGUGAACCACGAGAGAGCGAAAACCGGAAACUUCUGCAUCUCCGACCCACUGAACCAGUUAUGUAAUGAUCUCGAACGUGAAACCCUGGACUGGCCGUUGGAGGAGCGCCUUCGCCGACUAAGAGGCGACGGGAACAGCAACGACAUCAGCGCAAACAUCAUCUAUCACCAGACCCGAGCGUUCCUCAACUCACUGAUUAUCUACUUCUCCCAGAGCAUCCGGCUGCUCGGCUUCCGUUACCUCCGGCAGUACGUGCAGGCGAUUCUGGACAGCAUCGAAGCCAUUGAGCAGAUCAAGGCCGAGACCAAGAUCCUGGCCGCGCCGCUCUUCUGGCCGGCUUUUAUUGGCGCUACGGAGGCAUUCGAACCGCGGCAGCAGGAGCGGUUCCGACAGUGGUAUGACCGUGUGGAGAUGUAUGGGAUCACAGCGGUCAGGACUGGGAUCCAGGUUGUACAACAAGUCUGGAGACAGGGGCCGACUACGGCCCGGCAGAAGCAGUGCACCUGGCGUAUUAUGCUUUAUGAUUGGAUCUGGGAGGCGCAGUUAGGUCGACAAGGGCAUCCUCAGCCAUCGCAUGUCCACCCGUCGACAAAGUCCGGGAGACGUACCUCCGGGUUUCUGGCCGCCGUUGUGGUCGCCGGGGUAGUUGGGUACAGCAUCGCCGGCCUCUCGCGACCAACCACAACUGCGACCGAGGACCGGGACAAGGUUCCCACGAUCCUGGAUGAGCAGAAGCUCCCCGACGUUCGAUACGCGACAUUAGAAGAAAUGCACCAGGCGAUAGCCGAAAUCGAGACCGAACUCGGCGAAUUCGACGACAUGAUCUCAACCGAUGACGAGGACCUGCGCAUGCACGGCUUCGCGGAGUGGUCGUCCGUCAGAGUCGACUCGCUCCCUGUUGCUGUCGCUUAUCCGCGCAGCACCGACCAUGUCAGCGCGAUCGCGCGCAUCUGCCACAGGUGGAGAGUGCCCAUUAUUCCGUACUCCGGUGGUAGUAGUCUGGAGGGCCAUACGGCGGCGCCGUUUGGCGGGAUCAGCAUGGAUUUCGUCCAUAUGGAUAAGAUCGUGAAGCUCAAUGAGGAUGAUAUGGACGUGGUGGUGCAGCCCAGCGUACAAUGGGUGGAUCUGAACGAGCAUUUGAAAAAGAUGGGCACUGGGUUUUUUUUUCCUAUAGAUCCCGCCCCCAGCGCAAAAAUCGGCGGGAUGAUCAGCACCAACUGCUCCGGCACAAUGCGCGACUGGGUCAUCAACCUCACCGUCGUCCUGGCUGACGGCUCCGUCAUCAAAACCCGCCGGCGACCGCGCAAAUGCAGCGCAGGCUACAACCUCAACGGCCUCUUCGUCGGCGCCGAAGGCACGCUGGGCAUCAUCACCGAAGCAACGCUCAAACUCGCCGUCGUCCCGGAGCACUCUUCCGUCGCCAUCGUUCCCUUCCCGUCCAUGCGGGAUCCCGUGUCCGCUGCCGCGGCUGUCAUCCGCAGCGGGACCCAGGUUGCGGCGCUGGAGCUGAUGGAUGAAGCCCAGAUGCUGAUUGUGAAUGAGUCUGGUGUUAUGUGUCUGCGGGUGUGGAGGGAGCAGCCGACGCUGUUCUUCAAGUUCUCUGGUUCUCCCGUGGCCGUGCAGGACAAUACGGAGAGUGUGAGAAGGAUUGUGGGCGCUUUUGUGGUCGGCGAGGAAGGAGUCGCUUUAUUCGCUGCUUGCGCUGUGCAAGGAGGGGAGGAGCUGUGGAACACGGACGUCGCGGUACCCCUGAGCAGGCUAGCUGAUAUCAUCGAGGCAAGCAAGGAAGAAGCGGCUGCGCUGGGUCUGAAUGCCUGCAUCAAGGGCCACGUUGGGGACAGUAACUUUCACGAGAAUAUCACGUAUGACGGGACGAAGCCGGAAGAGUACGAGAAGGCCCGGGCGGCCGUUAAGAAUAUGGUCCAGCGCGCCUUGGAUAUGGACGGCACGUGUACGGGAGAGCAUGGGAUUGGAUUUGGGAAGAAGGAUGCGCUCCGAUGGGAGGUCGGUGAUGCGACUCUGACGUUAAUGAAAGUUCUUAAGGGGGCAUUGGAUCCUAACUGGAUUAUGAACCCUGGGAAGAUCUUUGAUCGGCAAUAA